CAAAAAAAAUCCAUCUCCACAACUACAUAGUCUUUCAUUAGCAACCAUGAAGAGCUUCAUGGAACCCCGACUGUGGGUUCUGGUGGCUCUCGUCACCACCUUCGCUGCCACGGCAAAUGCCGACUCCGGGUGGAACUCCAAAUUGGAUAACUUAUCACCACAUCUUCCCUAUGUUUACAGCUCCCCACCUCCACCACCUUACAAAUAUGAAUCUCCUCCUCCACCGCCAUACAAGUACAAAUCACCACCGCCACCGCCUUACAAAUACGAGUCACCUCCACCACCGCCUUAUAAGUAUAAGUCACCACCACCUCCACCUUACAAGUACGAGUCUCCACCACCACCACCUUACAGGUACAAGUCACCGCCACCACCACCAUACAAAUAUGAAUCUCCACCACCAUCACCAUACAAGUACGAAUCACCUCCGCCACCACCAUACAAAUACAAGUCACCACCACCACCUCCUUACAAGUAUGAAUCACCUCCGCCACCACCCUACAAAUACAAGUCACCACCACCACCUCCGUACAAGUAUGAGUCUCCACCACCACCACCUUACAAGUACAAGUCACCUCCUCCACCGCCAUACAAAUAUGAAUCUCCCCCACCACCACCUUAUAAGUAUGAAUCACCCCCACCACCACCCUACAAUUAUAAGUCACCACCACCUCCCCCGUAUGUGUACAAGUCUCCCCCGCCACCGCCUUACAAGUACGAAUCACCUCCACCACCACCCUACAAAUAUAAAUCACCACCACCGCCGCCUUACAAGUACGAAUCGCCUCCACCUCCGCCAUACAAAUAUGAAUCUCCACCGCCUCCACCUUACAAGUACAAGUCACCUCCACCACCGCCAUACAAAUAUGAAUCACCACCACCACCUCCUUACAAGUAUGAAUCACCUCCACCACCACCAUACAAAUAUAAUUCACCACCCCCACCUCCUUACGUGUACAAAUCUCCCCCACCACCGCCUUACAAGUAUGAAUCACCUCCGCCACCACCAUACAAGUACGAAUCACCUCCGCCACCACCAUACAAAUACAAGUCACCACCACCACCUCCUUACAAGUACGAAUCACCUCCGCCACCACCCUACAAAUAUAAGUCACCACCACCACCUCCUUACAAGUACGAGUCGCCUCCACCACCACCGUACAAGUAUGAAUCGCCUCCACCUCCACCUUACAAGUACGAGUCUCCACCACCACCUCCAUAUGUUUACAAGUCUCCACCACCACCACCCUAUAAGUAUGAAUCUCCUCCACCACCACCAUACAAGUACGAGUCUCCACCACCACCUCCAUAUAAGUACGAGUCACCUCCACCACCGCCAUACAAAUACAAAUCUCCACCACCACCUCCAUAUGUUUACAAAUCUCCACCACCACCCCCUUACAAGUAUGAAUCACCUCCACCACCACCUUACAAAUAUGAGUCACCACCACCUCCUCCUUAUGUAUACAAGUCUCCCCCUCCACCACCUUACAAAUACGAGUCACCGCCGCCACCACCCUACAAGUACAAGUCACCACCACCACCACCGUACGUCUACAAGUCUCCACCACCACCACCUUACAAGUAUGAGUCACCCCCACCUCCUCCAUAUCUAUACAAAUCCCCACCACCACCCCCUUAUAAAUAUGAAUCACCUCCACCCCCACCUUACAAGUACGAGUCACCACCACCUCCUCCAUAUCUUUACAAGUCUCCUCCACCACCACCUUACAAGUAUGAAUCACCACCACCACCACCUUACAAGUACGAGUCACCUCUACCACCACCCUACAAAUACAAGUCACCUCCUCCACCUCCUCCUUAUGUUUACAAAUCUCCACCACCGCCAGCAUACAAAUAUGAGUCUCCACCGCCCCAUCCCUACAACUAUAAAUCUUCACCAACACCACCUCACAAGGAUGACUGUCCACCACCAUCAUAUCAGUACAAAUCUCCACCACCUCCAGCACACAAGUACUAAUCACCCCACACCCAUCAUACAUCUCCCCAUCUCCCCAUCCACUAUCAUCCACUUUGUUAUUAUAUCCCUUCACCUCCUUCAGAUUAUUUAUUUACCAAAACCACCAUCAUUAUCCCAUUCAAACAAACCGUGGUUCUUUUUUUGGUUGCUUCAUUAAUAUUGUAAAAAUAAAGGUCUCACCUCUCUUCUAGUAUCCAUACUGCUCAGCAUCCUACCAAGAAGGAGUUGCUGAUUAAAAAAGAGUGGAUGAUCGAUGCUUGCAAUCUUUCUCUUUCAUUGUAACUUAUGUUUGUUCAUGUACUUUAUAUAUUUAAUGGAUUUUUUUAUAUCAA